CAUGGGAUUAACCAUGAAGCUUCAUCACUUCUCCCCUUGUUCUUGGGAUGAACCCUCUCUCUCCCUUGCUUGCACGAAGCGCUUACGUCCUCCUCCGCCCACCUCCGCCACAUCAACGCUCACCGCUUUCGACCUCAAGACCUUCAUCAAACCUGAUACUAAGAAAGACCCGUCUUCCCCUCGGACAGGAGUUGUGGAAAUGCAACCGGGAGGCACACGGUGGAACCCGACGCAAGAACAGAUAGCGAUAUUGGAGAUGCUUUAUAGGAGAGGAAUGAGGACUCCCAAUGCUCAACAAAUUGAACAAAUUACUGCACAGCUUGGGAAGUACGGGAAGAUUGAAGGAAAGAAUGUGUUCUAUUGGUUUCAGAAUCAUAAAGCUAGAGAACGACAGAAGCAGAAGCGCAAUACUCUUGGUCUUGCUCACUCCUCCCCCAUAACUCCUCCGACCACGACAACCAUCGUCACGGCCAUCCCCUUCGACCCAUCGGUAGGAUCGUCGUUUACCAUAGUUUUGUAAUGAGUUAUGGUAUAUUUUGUUAGUAAUCUCGACCGUCCAGAAUGGUAUGAUAUUGUCCACUUAUUGAUAGUAUUCUUUACAUCUUGCUCGU